AUGCGUGUCCUCUGUUGGAAUUGUCGUGGAGCAGGCAGUAGCAGGUUUGUUCGGGUCAUGAAGGAGAUGAUUCGUGACCACCGACCGAAUAUUGUGGUAAUAGUUGAGCCACGAAUCAGUGGAGCUAAAGCUGAUGCUGUAUGUCGGAAAUUCUCGGAUUAUUCGGUUGAAAGAGUUGAGGCGCAAGGCUUUUCGGGAGGCAUCUGGGUCUGGUGGCAACCAAAUGUUGUACAGGUGACAGUACAUGACCGCCAUGAACAGGCUUUGCAUUGUCGUAUUUCUCAGAAUGAUCGCACAUGGGAGUUUACGGCCGUGUAUGCUAGUCCUUCUAUAAUGAAUCGGAGAGAUCUCUGGAGUUGUCUUUCAACCAUUUCAGCAGGUAUCACAGGACCAUGGGUUGUAUUGGGAGACUUUAAUACGAUUCUCGAUGCGUCAGAAAAGAAGGGCGGAGCUCCAUUCAAUCCAAUCCCGGCAGCCCACUUCCAAGAGGCACUAGAUAAUUGCGGACUAAUGGAUCUAGAGAGUAGCGGACCACGUUUCACAUGGCACGGCCCUGUACAAAUUGGGUAUGAACGGGUCUUUGAGAGGUUGGAUAGGGCGGUCUGUAAUGUGGAAUGGCGUACGACAUUUACUGAUUGUAGUGUUCGUGUUUUGCCCCGACUGAAAUCAGACCAUCAUCCUCUCUUGCUUGAUACAACUGGCUUUCGGGGCAGUCAUCAAGGGCGAAGACCUUUCCGCUAUAUGGCUGCCUGGCAUUUACACAAGGACUUCCCCCGAUUCGUUCGUGAAACAUGGCACAACGUCACUGAUUUACCUGGGGGUCUAACUUAUUGUCGAGAGCAGCUACAAAUUUGGAAUCGAAACAUGUUCGGCUCGAUUAAUCGGAGAAAGGAGAAGUUGAUGGCUCGCCUUCUAGGGAUACAAUCCAAACUUCAGCGAGGAACGAAUCCUUUCUUAUCGAGGCUCAAGGCAAAGUUGUCGGCUGAGCUGGAAGAGGUGCUAUCACAAGAGGAGAUCAUGUGGUAUCAAAAGUCUCGAUCGGAAUGGGUGAAGCUUGGAGAGCGAAACACAAAAUAUUUCCAUGCCAAAGCAGUCCAGAAGCGUAGACGUAUUCGAGUUGAAAUCCUACGAAAUGACGAGGGGGAGUGGAUCAAUGACGAGGCUAUGUUGAAGUGUAUGACUCUUAGACACUUCCAGCGACUAUAUGUGGCAUCUAAUGACAUACGGCCUACUACUUUACUAAAUGGUUUUCCUGCUGUUCUACAUGAUAAGCUCCAGCAUCUUGAUAGAGCUAUUACACCGGAAGAAGUUUACAGGGCUCUCUUUGAUAUGGAUCCGUUUAAGGCGCCGGGUCCCGAUGGCUUCCAAGCGGUGUUCUUCCAAAAGAAUUGGUCGGUUAUCUCUGAAGCAGUCAUUAAAUUUGUGCGGGAUGUCUUUGAGAACAGACGGUCCAUAGCUGAAGUGAACGAUACUCUAUUGGUGCUUAUUCCAAAAAUUCCUCAGCUAGAGACACUGCAUAACUUUCGACCGAUAAGCUUGUGUAAUGUUGCCUUCAAGCUUGUAACGAAAUUGAUCGCCAAUAGGCUGCAACGCUAUAUGUCGGAUUUGAUCUCUCCGAAUCAAGUCAGCUUCGUCCCUGGGAGACACAUUCAAGACAACAUUGUCAUUGCGCAAGAACUGGUUCAUACCAUGAGCCGAAUGCGAGGGAAAAAACUCUUCAUGUCGAUCAAGAUUGACCUUGAAAAGGCCUAUGAUAGACUGAGUUGGGACUUCAUUCGUGACACCUUAGCUAUUGCGGGGUUCCCUUCGAAUUUGAGACGAGUAAUCCUACAGUGUAUUACGACGGCCUCGAUGCAAGUUCUGUGGAAUGGGGAGCUUACGGAGUCUUUCAACAUGGGUCGUGGAAUCAGGCAAGGCUGUCCUCUUUCUCCUUAUAUUUUUGUCCUUUGUAUAGAGAGGUUGUCGCAUUUGAUUUCUAGUGCAGUAGGGGAUGGGAUUUGGAGACCAAUUCGAACAGGUAGGCAUGGGUCACCAAUUUCUCACCUAAUGUUCGCGGAUGAUCUGUUGCUCUUCUCGGAGGCUUCGAUGGAGCAAGUACAAGUCAUCAAGAACGUGUUGGAUGCAUUUUGUGCAGCUUCGGGGCAGAAGGAAUUUUAUAUGGGGUCACUUGGCCGAUCAAAGGAAGCUUCACUUGGUAGCUGGGAGACCCUUACACGGCCUGUGGUCGAAGGUGGCUUGGGACUACGAAGACUCAGGCAGGCUAACGACGCAUUUCUGGCUAAAUUGGGUUGGGGUCUAUUGACUGAAAAGGAGGCUUUUUGGGUACGGGUACUUACACAGAAGUAUGUGGGGCGUGUAGAUGAGGGUUUGAAGUUAAAGAUUUCGCCCCAAGAUUCAUGGCUAUGGAAAGCAAUUGCGCGGGCUUGGAAUCAGGUUUCGGAAGGUGCUACGUGGGCCAUCAAUCGUGGUGAUAGGGCCCGGUUCUGGGAGGACAGUUGGAUUCCUAAUUGUCGACCGUUAUUAGAUUUGUCGCGAAGGGAGGUGCCCGCAGAUCUGCGAGGCCGACCAGUGGCGGAUUUUGUAGAUGUCAGUGGCAGCUGGAAUUGGAACGUAUUCUCGGAUUGGUUGGAUCACUCUUCGAUGUUGAAGUGGGAUGGACCACAAAGGAUCCGUUCGUUCCUCUGGCUCGCCGGGCAUGACCGAUUGCUUACAAAUGAACAUCGGGUAAAAAGAAAUUUAGCUUCAUCCUCGCUGUGUGCUAGUUGUAAUAUUGCUGUGGAAAAUACUCUCCAUGUUCUACGAGAUUGUUCUUUGUCUUGUGCGGUCUGGAAGCAGCUAAUACUGCGCUCCAUGUGGCAAUCCUUCUCCUCUGUGCCUUUGAAUAAUUGGCUGGUCCAAAAUUUGAGUAUUAAGGUAAAAAAUCAGAAGGGUAUCUCAUGGGCAGUGGUGUUUGGCGUGGGCUGCUGGCUUAUGUGGUCGUGGAGAAAUAAGUCAAUUUUUGACCAAACCUUUUCUAGGCCGCAAGAUGCGCAUGUGUCCAUUCUUCGGGCGGCCGAGUCCUUCUCUGUAGGAUGGCAGGAUCAGGUUGUAGUUCGCAGAACUGUUAGGGAAUGGCAACUCGUGGGUUGGAAUCGACCUUCACGUGGGUGGAUCAAGUUAAACACGGAUGGAGCCUCGAAAGGGAAUCCGGGUCCAGCAGGAGCGGGAGGAGUCCUUCGGAAGGAGGAUGGUGUCUGGACCGCGAGUUUUGCGAGAAAUGUUGGGAUUGCAACGGCAGUAGUGGCGGAGUUAUGGGGAGUGCUUUCAGGAUUGGAGCUGGCAUGGGAGCUCGGUUAUCGGCUUGUUUUAUUGGAAGUUGACUCUUUAUUAGUCACUCGUCUCAUCGCUGGUAGUGGGCCGAGAGCACCACAAUUGAGAACCAUAGUUCGGGAGAUUCGUUCGUGGCUUGAGCGUGACUGGCAGGUUGAAGUCAGUCAUCAGUACCGGGAAGGGAAUUCUGUAGCGGAUUGGAUGGCACGAUGGUCACUUAGCCUACCCUUGGGGUUACACAUUCAACAUAUUCCACCGCCGGAAGUUAGAGCUCUACUUGCUGGAGAUAUUAUUGGGGCUGCCUUACCCCGUCUUUGUUCGAUUUAG